UCGUCCACUUCAAGAAGAAGGAAAUAGAGAUUGAGAGAGAAAGAAGAUGUCUGUAGUGACGGAGGAGAUAAGAGCGAAGGCAGAGGUGUACUAUGGAGACGAGAUCGGGCAGCAGAAGACGAAGUUCUUCCUCAAGGAAGCAGAGUUGCCGAACGGAUUGCUGCCGCUGAAGAACAUAGAGGAAUGUGGUUACGUGAAAGAGACGGGAUUCGUGUGGGUGAAGCAAAAAGAGAAGACAGAGUACAAGUUCGAGAAGAUCGGAGAUUUGACAUCGUAUGCUAAAAUGGUCACAGCAUACGUUGAACAAAAGAAGAUCAGGAAGCUGACCGGAGUGAAGGUGAGGGAGCUGCUUUUGUGGAUCACACUCACCGAUAUACAUGUGAACGAUCCUCCUUCCGACGACAAAAUCACCUUCAAGAGCAGCGUCGGUAUCUCCAAGACCUUUCCGGUAUCUGCCUUUCAGAUCGAGGACAACGACGAUCAAGGAGGAAUGGAAGCCGCCACCGCCAAUCAAGGAAAUGUAGUCGAAAUCUAGCCUAUUGG